AUGUUAUUUAAUCAUUUGUAUGCAGUUCUUCAUGCCGGUCGUGCACGCGGUAUUCUUCACAUUCAGCGACUGCUCUAUCGAUACGGCUACCUCGACUCGAGGCAGGACGCCUACAAUCCGAUAGACGAGCCUCUUCACAUUCUCUCAUCACCCCGGCGACCCGAGCUCGUGGAUCCCGCCAUGCUCACACCACCGGCCGAGUAUCGGCGUGCCUUGACCACCUUUCAAUUGCGUUACGGUCUGCCGAGCACUGGACGACUGGACGCGGCAACGACAUACCUCCUGACCGCCCCGAGAUGCGGCAAUCCCGACACUCCGCUUCCCGGCGUCCGGGCCCAAUACAGAUCUGCCUUCUGGCCCCGUCCGAGGCCAGAGGAAGCGAAGGCAUUGCGGCUAGGGACUGGCGGAGUUCGACUAUCAAGCCGGUCAGCACCGGAUUUCGUGCAAGUAGAAGAGGCCAGGGGUCUCGUCAGUGUCGGAAAUAAUAGCGCCUGUUCGAGCUUGCCUGACCAAACUAAUUUUCCACACCGCUUUUGUUCGGUCAGACUGCUUUCAAUAUAUCAAAAUCACCAUUUCCAAAUUCACAGCUUUUCCGAAUGGAUUUUAAUCUGUUCUAUCUCCUCAGGCUUUUUGAGAUCGAUUCCAAUAUUUAUUGGUCUUAUGCUAAUAAGAUGA